AGCGUCCUCCCGAUGCCACCGUCUACAGACAGCUCGCGGCGGAAUUCGGAAGAGGGCUCAAGCGAUGGAUUUAAAUUGGAUUCGUCGGCGCUUAACAAACCACCAGAAGAAGUUUUCGACAUUGUUGGAAAGCUGGGCGAAGGAUCAUAUGGAAGCGUACAUAAGGCAAUUCACAGAGAGUCAGGUCAUGUGUUAGCCAUCAAAAAAGUGCCAGUGGAUACUGAUCUUCAAGAAAUUAUCAAGGAAAUCAGUAUAAUGCAACAAUGUAAAAGUAAAUAUGUUGUCAAAUACUAUGGAUCGUAUUUCAAACAUUCGGAUCUAUGGAUUGUGAUGGAAUACUGUGGAGCUGGGUCGAUCUCCGAUAUAAUGCGUGCCAGGCGGAAACCGUUAUCCGAACAAGAAAUCAGUGCAGUUUUGCGCGAUACUCUCAAGGGAUUGCAAUAUUUGCAUGACUUGAAGAAGAUUCAUAGAGAUAUAAAGGCUGGAAACAUUCUACUCAAUACCGAUGGAAUUGCAAAGCUUGCGGAUUUCGGUGUCGCUGGACAGUUGACUGAUACAAUGGCAAAAAGAAAUACAGUCAUUGGAACGCCAUUCUGGAUGGCCCCUGAAGUUAUCGAAGAAAUCGGAUAUGACACAAAAGCUGAUAUAUGGUCACUGGGAAUAACAGCUAUCGAAAUGGCAGAGGGACGGCCUCCUUAUUCAGAUAUUCAUCCGAUGCGAGCAAUCUUCAUGAUUCCAACUAAACCACCACCUACGUUUAAAAAACCUGAAGAAUGGUCGUCCGAGUUCAAUGAUUUCAUAAGAAGCUGUUUAAUUAAAAAGCCAGAAGAAAGAAAAACGGCACUCCGAUUGUGUGAGCACACAUUCAUCAAAAAUGCACCAGGUUGCGAUAUUAUGCAGUUGAUGAUCCAGGAUGCUCAAGAAAAAGCUAUACUAGGACAAGCACCAAUGGCAGCAAGCAGCGGAAAUGAUGCAACGUUGCUAAGCGAGGGAAUGUCCACUAUGAUUGACGGUGGAGAGUCUACGUUAGUUCAACACAAAGACAACUAUGUCACUGCUCAAAGUCUUCGAAGUCAAAUGGAAAGCUUGAGAAUUGGUGGAGAAAUUCCUAAAUCGGCAUAUAUUCCAGGCUCGUCGAAAAAUGGCAACUCACCGCGCGUUCAACCACCGGGUCACACCGCAAGCGCUUCAGACCCUUCAAAAAACCAACCGUUUGCUCAAGAUGGAACCGGUCCAAACUUUCAAUUGGGCACCAGCGAGAGCAGUUACAAAGAUGCUAGUUAUAAUAUGAUGAACACGGAAGCCGAAUACGAAAAUAGAUUUCAACGGGCAGUGGUCGAUGGAGAUUUCGAAUUUUUACGAAACAUCACGCUAGACGAACUGAUUCGAAGGAAAGAAAGUUUGGAUUCGGAGAUGGAAGAAGAAAUACGAGAGUUGCAGAGAAGAUACAAAACAAAAAGGCAACCAAUACUGGAUGUUAUAGAAAUCAAAAAACGACUUCAAUGACGGCUUCGAUACAUGCUUGUUUAAUAAUAAUUUUUUUGUCAAUCUGCAAAUAUAUGAAACCUAUUAAUUAACUAGAUUGUAUUUUAAAUGUCAUAUUUAUUCUAAAUUUUGUUAGAUCAGAAGCAAGAGCAAACUGAACUUGUUGUGUUUUGCUUAGCUUUUUCAUGCUAAAAUAAAUCUGGUCAAUUUUAAUU